GAAUUGUCACCAAGGGGUCUUCCCCUAAAUACAACUACUACGUCAAAUCCUACCAGGUUCAGUUCAGCAGAGAUGGCAAGAACUGGAAGAUCUACAAAUCCAGCAGCACCAAAGAGGAAAAGAUCUUCGAAGGCAACAGUGACAACUACCAGGAAGUCUCCAAUGCCUUUAUCCCACCCAUCCUGGCCCGUUACCUUCGCGUGGUACCCCAGAGCUGGAACCAGAGAGCCGCUCUGAAGGUAGAGGUGCUGGGAUGCCAAGCCCUUCGCCAGAAAUACAUGGAGACAGAAGGCCAGGAUAACCCAAAAGUGUUCCUUGGUGUGACCAGCACCCCAACCGCUUUCACAACGAUCCCAGGAAUAGUGAUCAAUCCGGAUAAAACAGGUAAGGCUUCUUGUUGUUCAUAAUGCCAAGGAACAUUUAGCCAAACAUUCAGGUAGCAAAGGGUAGGAAAGAAUUAACUGUUUGCAAAAAAAAACCCAAACAAACUAGAGAUAAU